UUAGUGUGGGUGUGUGUACUUGUUGUUAUCGAAAAAUGCAACGCUGCCAAAGUGUGGUAUUUUUCUUCAUAUAUUAUCACUGGUUAAAGUUUAGGAUACACUGCUGCAUACACGAAAAUAAUUUUUGUCUAAAUAGUGUAUGUUUUGAAACAUUCUCUAUAUGUACAUACAAAUAAAACGAAAUCUAUAUCUAAGUGCAUUGCGCAUCAAUUGCUAGCGAUUAAAUGUGUUUAGCCGUUUAGUUUGUUGUUAUGAAUAUAUCGAAAGUGACACCAUCGCUUGCUGCUGCGGCUGCUGCCGCCGAAAAAGCGAAACCCGAACGUGUAACAUCUGCAAGCGCAGCACUCAAUUUUAAUACAAUAUCGAUACAAAAGCGCAGCAGCGUCGACGACAACGAUGAUCCAAAUCGAAAGAAACUAAAACGGGACAUUGUUAUAUGCACGCCCACGACCAGUUUACCCGCCAAACAACGUGCAGCAACAGCUACAGUUACAGCUACAGCUACGGCAACAACGACAACGACACCAGCAGCAGCAAAAACAACAACAACUACAGCAACGGCAAUAGCAACAACAAUCGCAUCCUCAACAGCCACAACAAAUACAGCGGCUGCAGCAACAAAAUCAACAACAGACGAUCCACAACAACAGCAAGCGACAACAACAGCAACAAACAUCUUAACAACCAACUCCAAUCUCAGUGGCAAUUUUGUCACGCACUCGAAUGCCAAGCCAGAAACUGCUCUUGAUGUCUGCUGGGAGCAACGUGAUGACCAAAUUAUUGUUUGUGAAAUGAGUGCCCUUAAGCCCGAUGAUACGUCCGCCACCAGCAGCAGCAGCACAACCAAUAACAACACUAGCCAAAAGCAAAGUUUUGUCAGCUUUACCAAAAAAGAUUCAGCCUUAUCAUCGGCAUCCUCAUCAUCGUCCAUUGCCUCCAUAAUAUCAAUUGAGCCAAGCUCGGAGCAGCACAACAACAGCGAACAGCAACAGAGCAAGGUAAUUGCUGUCGAGGAGCCCGAUUAUGUGUUGCUGCCAGCAACAACAACGGCCGAGCUGAAGUCUGCACUGCAGCACGAUGCCACACAAGUCACAAACAACAGCAGCAUCAGCAGCAGCACCACCAGUAACAACAGUAGCAGCAGCAAUCAUGUUGCCAGCAGCAGCAGCAGCAACAUAACAACAGGGACAACAACACAAAAGGCAACACCAGCAACGUUACAGUCACAGGGCAACUACAACAUGUUCAAUAGCGGCACAGCAACAGCAACAACAACGCUAUUAAAUCGCGUCAAUUUGCAUACCAAACUUAAGGGACAACAAUUGGUGGUUAAUGCCAAGAAAUUGUCCGAAGUGACACAGACAACGGCCAAGGUGUCCAUUGGCAAUAAGACGAUAUCGGUGCCGUUGUUGAAACCGCUGGCCAGCACGCAGAUAUUGCAGACGGGUCAGCUACUGAGUGCUAGUGGUGCAACAACCACAGCUGGUGGUGCCACAAUUGUUGAGAGUAAACAGCUGCAGGGUGCGCAAGUGACGACAACAACAACAACAUCGGCAACAAGCACACAGCAGCAGCAGCAACAACAGCAGCAACAUUUGAACCUCACCAGGCUGUUGAAGGGAACACGCAAGAAUCCAACAACAAUUGUCUCAUUUGCCGGCGUGCAAAUUAAACCUGCCAAUACCAAAAUUGUAACCGCCAAAGUGGUUAGCAAAAAGAUGUCACUGCAAUUUCAGCAGCAACAACAGCAACUUCAGUUGCAGCUGCAGCAGCAACAGCAACCGACCACGGGCAGCAUUGUGACAAUAACGCCAACAAAUGCAAAUCAAACGUUUACCAUGGUACAACAACAACAACAACAACAGCAGCAGCAGCAACAACAACAGUCUGAUAAGCAGCUUGAUAGUGAGCAAACAGAUCAGGCCGAAUCUACAACUGUUGCUGGCCGUUUGACAGCAGUUGCCCAGCAGCAGCAGCAACAACAGCCUAAAACAAUUACCUACACUGAGAAUAUACAAAAGAUAUUGUUAAACAAAAGUAAAUCUCUAGAUGGCAGCGAUACGAAUGAAAUUGGCAAAAUUAAUAAUGUUGUCAUCAAGACACUCGACAACAAUCAAUUGCACUGUGCGCCCAGCAUCAAUAUAUUCAAACAGCAGCAGCAAACAGGUGCGACAAAUGCAACAAAUGUCACAUCAAUUAGUGAACUGACAACGGGCGAUGCUUUGGCCAAAUCAACAACUGGUGCCACAAUUUGUACGCGUCCGAUUAUCUCUAUACAGAAGAACAUCUCGUUGGUGGUGUCUAAGACGACGAUUGCACAGCAGAAGCCCAAAAUGAUAACAACAUCGGCAAAUAGCACAGCAAUACAAAUGCAACAUUCGUUCAAUCAACAACAGGAUGCGGAUAACAUAAACAAGCUACAAUUAAAGGUCAAGCUGAAUGAAACCAAAUCCGAUUGCAGCGACAACGAACCCAAAAGCAAGCUGAGGCCAACAGAGCUGUUGCUGGUAAAGCAAGCAACAAUUGUCGAUGGCAAUAAGCUGGAGUUGCCGGCGGAACAAACGCAAACGCAAAUGAACGAGGAGCUGGUCACAGAGAAACGUCUAGCGACACCAAGUCGUGUCGAUGACUCCAACAAUGCGCUGCUUAAGCAGUUGCUGCAGAACAGCAGUAGCAGCAGCAGCAACAGUAACAGCAAUAGCAACCACAAUCUGCAACAGAUUUCUAUUACAUCGGCGCCUCUGUCGGCACGCAAAGUGAUCAAUGUGCGUGCACCAAGCAUGGGAUUGGUUAGUUCGCUGGAGGCGCAAUUGGCACGCCCAGUUAUACCGCCUGUGCCGGCGGCUGUAAGCAGCAGCAACAGCAGCAGCACUAGUUGCAAUACGACAACAACAACAACUGCUACAAUGGUGGCGAUUAGUCAAACUCCCACAGCAACAGUUGCAACAACAGCCACGCCAAGUGAGCCACAACAGCAACAACAGGAGGCCGCAGCAGCAACACUUGCAACAACAACAGCAGCAGCAGCGGUUGCUGUCACACCAGUUGCAGCCGUAGCAGUGCCAGCAACAGCCGCAGCCGUAGUAACAACAACACCACCAGCAGCAUCAGCAGCUAAGACAACAACAACAACAACAACAAACAUGCCACAGACAACGCAACAAGUUAAACAAUCUGUGCAAAUUGUCUCCAAGGAAACAUCAUUUAUAUCAACGCCAGUGGCAGCAUCCGCUGUGCCAGCAACUGUUGCUGCUGCUGUCAUGCCAACAGUAGUCAGCAAAUUGCCCACAUUAAUUGUGGAAUCGAAUGUCAAAACAGAGCCACUGCCGCCACCGCCGUCUUAUGAACUAAGCACCGCUAAUGUAUCAAACGUAACCAUCUCCAUAACCACCAAACCCAGCAAGGAUCAGGUAAAGCUGACCAAACUGGAGCCACUGGAUGAAGCAACAGUGGCACAAUGCGAGCCAGAGAAACAGUUGUCACAACAGCAACAACAUGCAACGCACCACGAAAGCUGGAAAUUGCAAGAAAAUGAGGUACAAAAACGCAAGUUGCCAAUGCAACUGCAACAACAGCAGCAGCAACAACAACAACUACAACAACAGCAGCAACAUCAACAGCAGCAACAUCAACAGCAACAUCAGCUGCCGCACCAACAACAAUUGGAGGAGAAACCUUUGUUGGAACUUAAAAGCGAUAUUGCUUUGGUUGGCACUAACAGCAAUAGCAACAUAAAUAGCAACAGCAACAAUGUGGGCCAUGAGAUGUUGCCAAUGAUGAAGGCGUCACCGGCAAAUGUUGCUGUUGCCGGCUAUGAAAAGUUACAGCUGAUAACAACAAGCGUUGGUGCAAGCUAUGCCAAAAAGUCAGCGCCGGCAGCAACAGCGGAGCUGCAGCAGCAGCAACAACAUCAACAGCAACAACAUCAUCAGCAGCAGCUACAACAUCAACAACAACAGCAGCAGCAACACUUGCCACAGCAGCAACACUUGUUGCAGGCACCCACAACAACAGCUGGUGCUAUUCCUGAACCAAAAGUUGUGGAACAACGCAAGCGUCGCAAACGUGAGGUACAAAAGCCGCGUCGCAGCAAUGCAAAUGCAGCUGGGACAGCUGCAGCAGCAGCAGCAGCGAAUAGCAUCAAGGAGCUAACUGGAUCAUUGCCAGCGGGUGCUGUGGUUCAAUUGGCAACAAUGUCCAACAAUGCAGCGAUGGGCGGACAAAUGGCAACGAGCGGACAUUUGGCAACAACGGGCAGUCCUAAUAUGACUUCAGGCUCUCCCAUGUUAAAGAAGCGAGUGCGCAAGUUCUCCAAAGUGGAGGAGGAUCACGAUGCAUUUACCGAGAAGCUAAUGACGCACAUACGUCAAAUGCAACCGUUACAGGUGCUUGAGCCGUUGCUCAAUCGCAACGCCUUGAUUGGUCACGGCAACAACAGCAACAGCGGCAGCAGCAGCAAUCUACCUGGCGGUGGCAAACUAAAAGCCAUUUCACGUGCCCUGCAACUGCAGCGACAACUGGAUGAGAGUAGUGCUGGUGGUGGUGCAGCUGGAGCGGCUGUGGAUUGUGAUCAGCUGCUGGGACGCUUUGGCAAUUUGCGACAUCCGAGCAUCAAGUCGUUGUACGACAGCGAACGAUUUGGUGGCAGCGGUGAGGCAACAACAACAGCACUGUCAACCAGUGGUGCAACCAGUGGUGGUGGUGGUGCUAGUAGUGGGGCAACGCUCUCCUCCAUACAGAACGAUUUCUAUGAUCAGGAAUUCUCUACGCACAUACAACGCAAUUCACGUGAACGUUUGCAGCGUUUGAUUAGUGCAGUGCGGGAUUGCAAUAUGGAGACCACAGAGCUGGUGGAGAGUCAUCAACAGCAGCAGCAGCAGCAGCAACUGUUGCAGCAACAACAACAACAACAACAGCAGCAGCAGCAACGCUUGGAUGGUCCAUUGGCCUGGUCACGUCUGAGUCGCUAUCCUGGUCUUGUGCUGCUCAACAGCAACAGCAACCAACGCAGCGCACCUGGACGCAUGUCGCCGGUGGCAUUGGCCAUGGAUGCGUCCAGUAUGCGUCUGCCAGUAUCGCCCAUAUUGCGCAGUUGUGGCGAGGAGUUGCGCAAGGCUCAACAGCUUGAAAUGGGCAACAAUAACAACAACAACAUCAACAACAACAAUAGCACUAGCAACAACAAUAAUAACAAUUAUCAACAGAAGAACCAAAAUGUGAUACUCUCGCUGCACACAUCGGCAACGGAUAAUAUUGCCGGCGUGUUGCGAGAUUUGGCAAAUCUGUUGCAUUUGACGCCCGCAUUAACCUGUAAACUAAUCGAUGCCUCCACAUUGGAUAAAAUCGAUAAGGAGCAGGGUGAGCCAGCUGAACCAGGUGCAGGUGAGCAAGGAUCAACUGCUGGCCAGGCUCAGGGACAGGGACAGGGGCAGCUGCCAACAGCAGUGACAAGUCAUGGCAAUCUGCGUAAAAUACUCACCGGACAGCGUAAACUGUGUCGAUGUUGUGGCAGCGCCAUUGCCGCCUUUGGUCUGCGUGUGCCGCCCCAGAAUGUGCCCGAGGAGACAUUGUCGCCGACGCUGGCAAUGUUGCAAUCGCUAUUACCACGCAAAACGCCACCGCCUGCAUUCAUUUACUUUUGCAAUCGCAGCUGUUUUGCCCAAUACAAAUGGCGUGGCAAGGAUGAGCCAGCUGGCGAGGAUGUAGCUGCCGCUAAUCAACUACAGCAACAGCAGUCGCAGCCGCUGGCAAGAACAACAACCACCACCAGCGAUUUAUCCAGCUGUUCAACGCCGCCAAUUGUCAAGCUAGAGCCAGAAGAUGUUGACAUGGAACAAUCACAGCAACAACAGCAGACCAGCAACAAUAAUAGCAACAGCAACAGCAGCGAAUUGACAAGUACAUCGCAAACAUCAUCAUCACAGCAGCAACAGCAACAACAACAACAACAGCAGCAGCCAGUGCAGCGCAAGUGCAUCAUUAAAUGCUUCAGCGCAGAUUGCUUUGCCUCCGAUUCCACAUCGUCUGCAUUGCGGCAUGCCAUCAAAACGGAGAACGGUGAACCGCUAGCAGCGAACAAUACCGUCUGGGAAACGGAACACAGUGGCGCAGCGGAACCUCUGGAGGAUUCACGUCAAUGUGUCUUCUGCAAUCAACGCGGCGACGGUUUGGCGGAUGGACCAUCGCGUCUCCUCAACUUUGAUGUGGACAAAUGGGUUCAUCUGAACUGUGCCUUAUGGUCGAACGAUGUCUACGAGACGGUGUCGGGUGCACUUAUGAAUUUCCAGACAGCGCUGCAAUCGGGAUUGAAUCAGGCGUGCAGUGCGUGCCAUCAGCUGGGUGCCACCAUCAAGUGCUUUAAGUCGCGUUGCAGCAAUCUCUAUCAUCUGCCGUGCGCCAUUAAGGAGGAGUGCGUCUUUUAUAAGAACAAAUCGGUGCAUUGCAGUGCACAUGCAGCGACUAAUUCCACGGGCGUCACUGAAAAUGAGCUCAGCUCGUUUGUUGUCCAUCGUCGGGUGUUUGUCGAUCGCGAUGAGAAUCGUCAGGUGGCCACAGUGAUGCAUUAUUCGGAGCUCAGCAAUUUGCUGCGAGUGGGCAACAUGACGUUCCUCAAUGUUGGCCAACUCUUGCCGCAUCAGCUGGAGGCAUUCCAUACGCCUCAUUAUAUCUAUCCCAUUGGUUACAAGGUGAGCCGUUAUUACUGGUGCGUUAAGCAGCCAAACAGACGCUGUCGUUAUGUUUGUAGCAUUGCGGAGGUUGGCUGUCGUCCAGAGUUUCGCAUCCAGGUGCACGAUGCCGGCGAUAAGGAGCCGGAUCGUGAGUUUCGUGAUAGCACACCAUCGGCUGUUUGGCAACAGAUAUUGCAGCCGAUUCAGCGGAUGCGUAAGGUUUACAAGUGGCUGCAACUCUUUCCGCAACACAUCAGUGGCGAGGAUCUGUUUGGUCUGACGGAGCCGGCAAUUGUGCGCAUCUUAGAGAGUUUGCCGGGCAUUGAGACACUCACCGAUUAUCGUUUCAAAUAUGGACGCAAUCCCCUGCUGGAAUUCCCGCUGGCCAUCAAUCCAUCGGGUGCUGCACGCACUGAGCCAAAGCAGCGACAACUUCUUGUGUGGCGCAAACCGCACACGCAACGUACCGCCGGCAGUUGCAGCACACAGCGUAUGGCCAAUUCGGCGUCAAUUGCCGGUGAGGUGGCGUGCCCGUAUAGCAAACAGUUUGUCCACUCAAAGAGUUCGCAAUACAAAAAGAUGAAGCAGGAAUGGCGCAACAACGUCUACCUGGCACGCUCCAAAAUUCAGGGAUUGGGCUUGUAUGCGGCACGUGAUAUUGAGAAGCACACGAUGAUUAUUGAGUAUAUUGGCGAGGUAAUACGCACGGAGGUGUCUGAGAUACGUGAAAAGCAAUACGAAUCUAAGAAUCGUGGUAUUUAUAUGUUCCGCUUGGAUGAGGAUCGCGUUGUUGAUGCAACGCUAAGCGGUGGCCUGGCACGUUACAUUAAUCACUCCUGCAAUCCCAAUUGUGUGACGGAAAUUGUUGAGGUUGAUCGGGAUGUACGCAUCAUUAUAUUUGCCAAGCGUAAAAUCUAUCGAGGCGAAGAGCUCUCAUAUGACUACAAGUUUGAUAUUGAGGAUGAUGCCCAUAAAAUACCCUGCGCAUGUGGUGCACCCAAUUGUCGAAAAUGGAUGAACUAAAUACGACCAGUAAACGCAUCUGCAUCAGCAUCUACAUCCUCAUCAGCAAAAUUACACAGCAGCAGGAAAAUCACAACAAUCAGGACCAGUUCACAUUGAUGUGACACCCAGUGAACAGACGAAUUGUUGUUAUUCAUCAUUUAAAAUUGUUGUAACAAGUCACAUUAUCAUCAAAGUAGCAUAUUCUCUUUAAGAAGUAUAUAUAUGUACAUAUAUUUAUUAUAUCUAUAUGCAUAUACAUACAUCUAAUAAUAUGUAUGUAUAUUUAUACACAUAUAUAUGUAUCUAUAUCCAAUAUCUAUAUGCACGAGUUGAAAUGGCAUAUAAUCAUGUAAGUUAUCUGUAUGUACCCACGAAUGCGCCCCUCUCGUGCAUAUAUUGUAGCUAAUUUGUAUCCUAUUAUUGCUCAUAAGCCAAAAGUGUUUUGUAGUAUAAAUUAAACAAAAAAAAAAAAAACAAAAAAAACAAACUAAAGCAAAGAAAAAAAAAUUUAUGAAACUUGAUGCAUAAAAUAUUUAUAGAUAAAACUUAAGCAUGUAUUUUAUGUUACUUGAUGAUCCAUUCGUGUUUGUAUGUACAUUUUUCUAACCGAAACCUAGACCCCAAACAUAAUCUUCACAUUUAAAUUGGACGCAGAGCGAGAGAGAGCUAGAAUUAGAGCAGACCUGGGUGUGCCUUCGUUUUUUAUUUUUAUUAUAAUUUUUUUGUCUUUAGUUAUUACGAGACUGUAUAGGAAGAAUAAUAUUAAUGAAAAUUAAAAGAAAAUUAAAAAGAAACAGAAAAAACAAAAACAAUCUCUUCCCAGAUGGUGUAGUAAUUUAUUUAUGUACAUCCAAAUUGAAUGUAUUUUUUUACUUAAUUUCAUCACUAUUUUUUAAUAUACAAUUAUCAAUCAAGUGUAUCUAUAACUGUUAAGUACAUGUAAACACUUUAAACCUUACAAAAGAAUAUGUUUUUUUUUACAAUUGAUUUGCGUUUAUUACGAUACAUCCAUCAUUUGUUUGCUAGAUAAACAAUUUAACUAAAUUUCAACAA